UCUUGAUGGGCCAUCUUGAGACCGUUUCUCCAACAAUCAACAAGAGCGUGAAUCCAACCAAUGACGUCACAAUGGAUGGAGACUCUCAAAUAAUCGAUGAGAUCCCCCAUGACGCAUCGAACGAGCCUGUCACGAGCCCUACGAGCCCUGGGGGCGGCCCCGAGUCGGAUGCAGGGCGACCUGGUACAGCAGCUCACCAAGGGGCGGACCUCGCUGCCUCCACCGCAGUACCUGAAUUCCCUGGACUACGGACCCAUGGAGGCCGCGAUGUCACGCCCGACGACGUGAAGGAGGUCAUACGUCUCCUGGGAGAGGCAGGCGCACCGGCGUGCGUAGCGGGCGUGUAUGCCCUGCGCUAUUUUGGCGCAGGGCGGGUCUCAACCGAGAUCGACAUCUGCAUUCCAGAUGAGGCCCUCGACAACGCCAGGGUGAUGUUCGAGAACGACGCCCGGUUUGAAGAGGCGCCCCCCGCCCCGCCGCUCAUGACAUCCCUCCGGCACACCAGGCCGACAUUCUUAAUGAAGGGCGUAUACUUCGUCUUCAUCCUGAUCCCUGCAUCCGACUACUUCAUCGACCCGAGUCCGGAUUGCUGCGAGCUAAGCCUCAAGGGCAUCCCGUAUCCAAAGCCGCAUCACUUCGCCCGUUCGCUGCUCGUGUUGCAAAACCCAAGCGAUCUGUGUGACUUUAUCGAUGGGAUGGAUCUCGACAAGGAUUGGGGAGAGUCCAACCUGAACUUUGAUGAAUUGCAGCAAAAGGGAAUCGAGUUCAGCAGGAGGCAGAACGAUGUGCGUGAGCAGAUGGGACUUGGACCUCUCAGCUUGAAGCUCGAUGUUGACUACAGGGCCAUGUGGAACACUGAGGUCGAUGAGAAGGAGAAGCGGAUUGAACCGAUGAAAAAGGGUCGCUAUAAGACUCGGUGGAGGCGCAUCAAGAAUGACAUGGACCCAAGACUGAAGGAUAGGCCUUUGUAACUGCCUCUCCAUCUCUGCUAUUCACAAAUUUGGUGGGAUACAAUCUGUGGCCCCACGGACCGUGACCAGCCCCAGAAGGCCUUGCGGGGGAUGCACGAGAACCAUGCCGGUGCCAAGCACACCCUGUUGCACGACGACCAGGACCUCACGAGUCCUUUCUGGCAAGAAGACAGUCGCCCGCGCCUUGCCUCGGCCAUGUCAACUUGGUUUACUUGCGGCUGGACAACACACAAAGGGCUGAGGACUCCUAUGCUCUCACCGACAAGUCAAGCAACGCUGAGCUGUCUGAGGAUGCCAACUACAUGUUUCGUUGGUACCAGAGGGCGACUAAGUACUGCGCCUUCCUUGCAGAUGUCCCAACAGGAGGCCUAAACGCUGCUGAUAAGUCUACAGGUCCAGCUGCGGACUGGGUUUUUAGGAAAGGGCCGCAACCCCGACAUUGCCCUAACGGCAUCCAAACACCACCUGGCCAGGAGUGCAGGUCGCCUAGUCUUUAGUUACAUGCACAAUACCUUGAGAAGGGUAUAGUAGUAGCUUCUGGUACUAUUGGGGAUGAAAUGGUGUAAAAUCUUGGACUUGACCCAGCUUUGC